GGCUAGGAGGGUGGCAGGAGUGGAGGAGACGCUUCACCAUGGAAUAUGAAGUCAAGAAAGGGAAGAAGGGCUUCGUGGCCCCCAUCCGAAGGCUGGUGUUCCCCAAGUCUGGGCGCCGGGCAGCCUCUCGGAGCAGUGUGAGCCGUCGGCCCCUACACUCAAUGCCCCUUUACCCACCUGACUACCUCAUCGACCCCCAGAUUCUGCUGUGUGACUACCUGGAGAAAGAAGUCAAGUUCCUGGGCCACCUCACCUGGGUGACUUCCUCACUGAACCCCUCCAGCCGGGAUGAGCUCCUACAGCUGCUGGACACUGCCAGGCAGCUGAAGGAGUUGCCUCUGAAGACCACGGCGGAGCAGGACAGCAUCCUGAGCCUGUCUGCCCGCUGCCUGCUGCUCACCUGGCGCGACAACGAGGAGCUCAUCCUGCGCAUCCCCACUCACGAGAUCGCCGCCGCCUCCUACUUGCAGGACGACGCGCUGCACCUGCUGGUGUUGAAGACGGGUCUGGGCGUGGACCCGGUGCCGGCCGGCGUGGACGCCAGCCCCGGCGGUGCGGGGCGCGACCCCGGCCCUCCCGGUGCGGCCCCGGAGAGGCGACGGGUGGGCACCGACCCCAGCCCGGACGCCUACUGCAACCUGGUCAUCCUGGCUGUGGCAAACAGGGAUGCCGCCGAGGAGUCCUGUGCGCUCAUCUGUCAGGUCUUCCAGAUCAUCUACGGGGACCAGAGCAUUGAGUGUGUGGACAGGGCCGGCUACCACUACACAUCCACACCCGAGCGGCCAUGGCUGUGCAGCCGCAGUGAGAGCUGUCACACGGAUGGGACCUACGCCUACGAUGCGGACUUCAGCUGCUGCAGCUCCUUCAAUGGCUCCCAGGACACUUUUGAAGCAUGUUACAGCGGCACAUCCACACCCUCUUUCCACGGCUCCCACUGCAGCAGCAGCGACCACAGCGGCCUGGGCCUGGAGCAGUUACAGGACUACAUGGUCACGUUGCGGAGUAAGCUGGGGCCCCCCGAGAUCCAGCAGUUUGCGCUGCUGCUGCGGGAGUACCGGCUAGGGCUGUCCAUCCAGGACUACUGUGCAGGCCUGCUGAAGCUCUAUGGAGACCGACGCAAGUUCCUCCUCCUUGACUUCGAGGGUUUCCUGGAGGGCGUGGGCAUCCGCGAGGGCGGCAUUCUCACCGACAGCUUCGGCCGCAUCAAGCGCAGCAUGAGCUCCACGUCGGCGUCGGCCGUGCGCAGCUAUGAUGGCGCGGCCCAGCGGCCCGAGGCGCAGGCCUUCCACCGGCUGCUGGCCGACAUCACGCACGACAUUGAGGCACUGGCUCCCGAUGACGACGACGAUGAUGAUGAUGACGACGAGUCCCGGGGCGAAGGGGUCGAAGACAACUACCUGUAGCCGUCAUCCGGGCGGAUGCCAUAGAAGACGAUGGCCCGCGGCUCCCUGACUCUCACUCACUCUUGCCUGUGGCACCUCCAUUCCCAGGAGCCCCUCACACUCUGGCCAGGGCGUCGGCCCUCCCGGGUCUCUGUCCUCGCCCUCGGGCUUGAGCUCCUGCAGUUCCCACACUGCCCUGCAGGGGGAGAGCAAAGCCGCACCCUCUAGUCCUGAGCAGUGGGUCUGGGCUCAAGCCAGUCUCUGCCACCCCAGCAUGGGCGGUGGUUGUGCUUUGUCUCACUAGCCCUGAGGGCUUAGUCCCCCGACACUUUCUACUCCAAACUCCACAGCUUUCUGGAAGCCGAGGGAAAGAUGCAGAGAAGUCUCCACCUGUUGGCAGAAGGAGAAAAGAAUUUCCAGACCUCUCUGUUCUUCCUAGUUUACUACUGAGAAGCUGAGGUUCAAAACCAGGGGAUCUGCUGCUGCUCCUUACACAUACUUCACACCGGCUGUUCACACAGCGAAAGGGUCUUUGAGGCUCGAAACGGUAGGGUCUGCCCUCCACUGAUGGCAGGAGUUGUGCUGCACUGGAAUGGAGGUUUGCCUCCACUGAGAGGUGACUCCGGGGGUGAGGUGGGUCUCAGUCCUGGCUCUAAAACUCUGAACGAGUCGCUCAGAUCUUGGAUUCAGAGUGAAAUUUGGAGGCAGACAGUUCUCUGACUCCUGUCAGGUGAUGUCCCAGCCUCUCUGUGCCUCCGGCUUCUUUACCUGUCCAAGGAGGUCAGCCGGUCUACCUCCCAGGGUGGUUGGGGAUUACUGGAGGUCAAGACCUGACUGUGGAGUCUAGCGCAACGUAAGCACUCAAUAAAAGCUGUCCCCUGCCGCACUGAAUGCUUUCUGACUCGGUUUACCUGACUUGCCCGGGAGCCAUGGGGUGGGAACUGAGGUGGGCAUGAAAUGUUAGGAAAGACCCUCUGGAACUCACAGCUUGGGAAGGAGACACAGGACUCACCCCUUGCAGCUCUGUUACAGCCUGGCUCUGUGCACAAACCCCUAAUGAGAAACACUCAAGACUCCACAAACAGCCAUCUGGGAGCUUGGAGCAGUCAAAGAAAUCUGAAGGCGAGGAGAAGCCAGGCACCAUAUGAUGAACACUGUCAGGCAGAUCUAUGGAGAAGUUCACGUGAUGAGGAACUGAGACCUCCUGCCAACAGCCAUGAGAGUGUACCAUCUUAGAUCCUUCAGCCCCAGUCAAGCCUUCAGAUAACUGCAGCCCAAGACGCCAUCUUGACUGCAGCUUCAUGAAAGACCCCACAUCAGAACCACUGGGCUAAGCUACUUCCAGACCUCUGACUCACAGAAAUUGUACAAGAUACUAAACAUUUAUCAUGUAAGCUGCGAAGUUGUGAGUGAUUUAUUACAUGGCAAUGUAUAACUAAUAAUAUAAAGAUAUCUUUAUUAAGGAUUGGUACUGUGUACCAGUUCUAUGGGGGAAUGUAAGAGAAAAGACCAUGGCACUACCUUUAGGAGAGCAAGUCAUGUGGACAUUUAUUCCUAGACUUAAUUGUUGCUCCAACCAAUAUUUAUUGAUCACUUAGUACAUACCUGGCCUUGGGCUGAGUGCUGACUCCUAGGAUGGUGGCAAUUAAAAUAUACUGUAGAACAAGAGGGAACUUUCUGGGGUAAUGGAAAUUUAUAUCUUAAUGGAGUUUAAGU